GCGCGCGCGCUAUCGCCCCUGCUCUCCCUUCAUUUGCCCCCCUCCCUCCCUGCCUUUCCUCUCUCUCUCUCUCUCUCAACCUCUCCCUCGAGCUCCCGACUGGUCGCGGCUCCCUCGCGCUCUCCCCCCUCUCUCCGGUAGGCUCCACCGAGCGAUGCGAGCGCCUGAAGACAGCGACGCCUUCUCCCGCUAGAGACUUGCCCCCUGGCGCGGCCCCUGCCCAGCCUUGCCCAGCGCGCGGGGACCGGCGAAGUCGCCUCGGACGCACCGACGGCUGAGUACCGGCGAUGCACAUGCACUAGCAGCACCCCCUAACUCACUCCCUCCACAUCCCGCGCCGCCGACACCGCCGCCUCCGCCGCCGCCAGACGCCUCCUCCGACAGCCGCGGCAGAAGGACCCACCCUGCCCCCCACCCCACCCUCCGCGGGUUCCAGCUGUGAAUCCAGCUUUGACUAUAAUUUUAUUUUUUGGGGCGGGGGGUCGUGCACAAGCCUCCGUGCCUGCACCCAGCGCCUCUUCUCCCGGUUCCGGAACCCAAGACCUCGGCCACCCUCAUCUGGACACCCCCCCCCCCCGCAAGACCCACGCCAGGUGCCGCGAGUCUCGGCUGCCGGGAUCUGGUUAGCAGCCUUUUUUUGGGGGGGGUGCUGGUUUCCUGACAUUUUUGUUUCCAGCCCAGGAGAGAAUACCGUGAUUUUUUUUCCCCCUUUGAGCCCAGGCUCUGCUCUCUGGGGGGGGUGGGGGGCGCUCCAAGCAGGGGAGCCGUGCCAGCCGAGUCGUGCGGGCUGUGGCAGGGAAGGGGCCACCAUGGGAUGUACUCUGAGCGCAGAGGAGAGAGCCGCCCUCGAGCGGAGCAAGGCGAUUGAGAAAAACCUCAAAGAGGAUGGCAUCAGCGCUGCCAAAGACGUGAAAUUACUCCUGCUGGGGGCUGGAGAAUCGGGGAAAAGCACCAUUGUGAAGCAGAUGAAGAUCAUCCAUGAAGAUGGCUUCUCUGGGGAAGACGUGAAACAGUACAAGCCUGUUGUCUACAGCAACACCAUCCAGUCCCUGGCGGCCAUUGUCCGGGCCAUGGACACUUUGGGCAUUGAAUAUGGUGACAAGGAGAGAAAGGCCGACGCCAAGAUGGUGUGCGACGUGGUGAGUCGGAUGGAAGACACCGAGCCCUUCUCUGCAGAACUGCUCUCUGCCAUGAUGCGACUCUGGGGCGACUCAGGGAUCCAGGAGUGCUUCAACCGGUCUCGGGAAUAUCAGCUCAAUGAUUCUGCCAAAUACUACUUGGACAGCCUGGACCGGAUUGGGGCCGCCGACUACCAGCCCACCGAGCAGGACAUCCUCCGAACCAGGGUCAAAACCACUGGCAUCGUGGAGACCCACUUCACAUUCAAGAACCUGCACUUCAGGCUGUUUGACGUCGGGGGCCAGCGGUCUGAGCGCAAGAAGUGGAUCCACUGCUUUGAGGACGUCACGGCCAUCAUCUUCUGCGUCGCGCUCAGCGGCUACGACCAGGUGCUCCACGAAGAUGAAACCACGAACCGCAUGCACGAAUCUCUGAAGCUUUUUGACAGCAUCUGCAACAGCAAGUGGUUCACAGACACGUCCAUCAUCUUGUUCCUGAACAAGAAAGACAUAUUUGAGGAGAAGAUCAAGAAGUCCCCGCUAACCAUCUGCUUUCCCGAGUACACAGGCCCCAGCGCCUUCACGGAAGCCGUGGCUUACAUCCAGGCCCAGUACAAGAGCAAGAACAAGUCAGCUCACAAGGAGAUCUACACCCACGUCACCUGCGCCACGGACACCAACAACAUCCAGUUUGUCUUUGAUGCCGUGACGGACGUCAUCAUCGCCAAAAACCUGCGGGGCUGCGGACUCUACUGAGCCGCAGCCAUCCCACCCAGCCCAUCACCUGGCCCCUCCCCCGGACCCGUCCUUUGUCACCUCUCAGACCACUCUGUGCACUAGAGGAAAAAGACCCCAGAGGCUCCCACUGGGGGAGGGGGCUGCCCCCACCCCUGCUCUCCAGCAGCAUUGCGUUGUGUGGUAACAAGAGCUGGGCCAGGUGCCAAGAGCCGCACACCUCAGGCAGGGUACCUGUGCCCAGACUCGAGCCUCUGCUCCGUCUCAGAGUAGGGGGGCGAGGGGCGGGAGGCUGCUCUCGGGCCCAGAUUGGACCUUUCCUUGCGCUCGAUGACUCACACCUGCAGAGCUGGGUUCUCUUCCUGCUGUCUGGGCUUCUGCAGGUAGCCAGGACAGCCCUGCAGCAGGAGCUGCUAGGUGGAAGGCAGGUAGUAGGCGCCGUCUCUCAAAGCCAUCUCUGUCCUGUGGUCAAGGGCAGCUCUACCAUCCAAAGCCAGGUGGGGUUAGGACAACCUGCUGGGGUCUUUACUUGCCCUCGAAGGGCACAGGCCUUAGGAAAGCCUGCCCUUCCCCCCAACCCUUGCUCUUGGACCUUCUGCGGUUCCCCAACCCCAGCACUCCCCAGGCCUGAAAAUACUUCUAAGACAGCCUUAGUGCAAAGGCAGGUGGCAGGAGAGGUCAAGCAGCACACCUGGACAGAAGCUGGGGAGGGGAGCGAGGCUGAGGCCAAGCCAGUGUGUGGCGUGGCAGUGUCUGGGAGAAACCUACCUUUCUUCAAUCAUCCAGGGGUACUUUUCCUUUCCCAUUUGCCAACUCAGAGCCACAGGGGCAGACAGAGGCCUUUGGCCUGGGCUUCUGUAGUGUCCCUGCGAAGAGGUGGACCAGGCCCCUAUGACCAGUGUGCCUGCUCCACCCCAGCUUGGAGUGAGGAAAUGAAGAAGCCCCAGGAGCAGCUGGUAGGAAGUGACCAGUGAUCUGGGGUAUGAGUUGGGUGGAGCUGCUCAAACAUGUACUCCACCCCACUGAGGGUGUCCUAGGAACCCUUGGAGUGGACUUCACCAUGCAGGUCUCUUAGCAGAGGGAAACAGAAUGGCUUCCCUGGUGACUCUUGUUGGUUCCCAUAGACCCAGUACUCUUUUAAGUGGCCAGGGAGACCUGGGGCAGGGAUGGUGGGUACCUCCCUGGCCUGUCGGCAGACGGGCUUUGGAAGCUACCCCUUGAGCCCAGGUCUGCCUGCAUUCGUUACACUGCCGUCGUGGUACAGAUCUCUCACCAGAUGCCAUGACAUGGCAGAAGGGAACCUCCAAGUGUGACCAGUUGUGCCUCAAGCUUGGCCACAAGCAGCAACCCCAGAUUCCAAAGACAGGGGUGCUGCCCAAGCCUCCACCUCCAAAGCCAUCAUCCUUGAGGUGGAAAGCAUUAGUCCUGCAGUCCAGGGCUUAUCCCCACCUUGGCCAGAGCACAGUACUGGAGGCAGCCUGAAGGUAGCCCUUCCUGUCCUAUAGAAUUAGGAGGUAGCAAGGCAGGGUCUUCCUGGCGCCUCUUCUUGCUCGGUUUCUUGUGCUGCUCUCAGCCCUCUCAU